GAGGCUUGGGUGAUGGAAACCCCCGCAGACGGGCAGGUUGCAGUCGGCUUGAGCUUGGUCCUUCGGAGGAGGAGGAGGAGGAGGAAGAGAUGGGCGCAGGAGGUGGCGCAGGAGGCCGCCCUCGUCCGCUCCGGAGCCACGCUUUGCUUUAGAAUUACAGGAAACAGGCAGACAAGGAUUUCUUAAGAAUGGUUGGGUUUUAACCGGAGAGUCUCUUGAGCCCCAUGGAUUCAGAGUCCUGCACCCGAGCCUUCUCCCAAGCCAGAGUCUAUCUGGAGCAGAUCCGAAGCCGUGUGGCACCAGGAGGCGUGGACGUCCAUGGGACAGUGAAACGUGACUACCUGGUGGAUGCCGCUAAGCAGAUCCGCCUGGCUUUGGAGCGGGAUGUCAGCGAGGACUACGAAGAAGCUUUCAAUCAUUACAAGAAUGGCGUGGAUGUGCUGCUCAAUGGAGUCCAAGUUGAUCCUAACAAGGAGCGCCGUGAGGCUGUGAAGAGGAAGAUCACCCAAUAUUUGAAGCGUGCCGAAGAGAUCUUCAAUUGCCAUCUGCAACGGACUCUAGAGAAUGGAGGUUCUGCUGAAACGGGUUACAGCAGCCUUCGCUUCCGUCCAAUCAGGACACUUAGCACACCAGUUGAGAACCUGAGACGCUGCAAGGUUGUGGGAAUAAUUGAUAAGGUGCAAAUUGUGCAGGACCCGGCCACAGGAGGAACCUUUAUUCUGAAGAGCCUCCCCAAAUCCCACAUGGAGACCCGUAGAAGACAGACAAUAAUUCCACAUGGAGUCCCCUUCAUGGCUGAAUUGUUGCGCUACUCUGUAAGCGAGGACUCCAUCUUCCUUCAUUUGGAGCAUGUCAAAGGAGGAACCCUCUGGUCCCAUCUUCGUUCGCAGCCUCGUUCCCAGCAGAAUGAUGCCUCUGACUGCUCCUGUCCAUCGGGGAGUCCAAAACUCAGCUUGGCUACAGAGCACACCAGAGAGGAAGAGCUCAUAGGAAGCCCUCAAGAAGCCAAGACUAGGUCUCAGCAGAACUGCAGUGUCCACACCAGGAACAAUGCUGGCCAGAUCCCUGCUUGCUCUAAUCAUGGUCAGUUGACAAGUGCAUCUCGGAAGGAGUCGCCCAGCCACACUCACACCAGGGAAACAACUGAAUUCAGGGGGCAGGGAGUCCAUGGGGGAAAGGAGUCAAGCACAACAAACACUUCAUCUGCUGCUACAGAAUCUAACUUCAAACCAGCACCUCGGGGACGUAGCCGCUCGGCCAACCAGGGUUUAAGUUUCCAGUCAUGUAACUCACUUGCUGCAAUUGGUGGCAUCACUGAGAAAGACAGUCCCCAUCAGAAACCAGCAAUACAACCAGGUGAAAGAUCUAGCCAGCCCAUCUCCAAAGCAGCAAGAGGGUGCAACACGCCAAAGACAGACACUCAGCGUCGCAGACUCUGUCGGCUUUCGCGUCACCCAGCAUCUCUCCCACGGCAAAGCCAAAUGUGUCCUGGGACACCUCCCCAGAACCACCGCAGCCAGGAGAGUCAAUGGGAGAGACCACACAGGAGAGAAGAAAGGCACGCUCUGCAAGAAAAGACUGCUCCUGAUAGCAAAUUGCACAAAAGCCAAAUUCCACCAGAGCAAUAUGGGCUGACAACAUAUCAGCCUUUCCAAAACCAUGGCACCAGGGCCUGGUAUGUUAGUGAAAAUCAGGUACAAAUUUGGGCAGCAGAACUGAUUUUGGCUCUCGAGGGUCUCCAUCAACAGGGGAUCCUAUGCCAGGACCUCAACCCACGAAACCUGCUGCUAGAUGAUGCUGGUCACAUCCAUCUUACAUAUUUUGGUCAGUGGAGUGAGGUAGAACCACAGUGUUGCAGUGAGGCACUGGAAGAUUUAUAUUGUGCUCCAGAGGUGGGUGGAAUAUCUGAUCUAACUGAAGCCUGUGACUGGUGGAGCUUUGGGGCACUUCUCUAUGAGUUACUGAGUGGAAUGUCUUUAUCCCAGAAUCACCCCUCAGGGAUUCAUCCUCACACGCAGCUCUACCUUCCAGAAAAUCUCAGCGAGACUGCCUCCUCCCUGCUUUCAGAGCUGCUGAGAUAUGAUCCCAAACAACGUUUGGGGUCUGGAGAAGAUGGAGUGAGCACAAUCAAGUCACACCCAUUCUUCAGCACCAUCCAAUGGAACAAGCUUGUUGGAUACUAAGACAUGAACAAAGGACAUUGAGGGGGAUGUGGAUGUGUGGGUGUGAAAAGUAAAGCUGCGGGAUAUAACACAUGGUAGUUUUGUGCUGGGUUGUGUCCCUUCUGUGCGAUGACCCCAUAGCCUUCCAGAAGCACUUCUCAGGGGGAAAUCCAGUGCUGAGUCCAGACUUGUCUUCAUCUUUCUGCUGCUUCUAUUCUAUUUCCCACCUAUAUGCCACUGUCAGCUGCAGGGGACCAAGUCAGGCUUAGUAAGAAUGUUUAUGUCCCUGCAGAUGUCUUUGAAGACUAUUUGCCCUGAUAGAGAUUCUGUAAAGGCUAUCUUCAAAACCACGUACAGGCAGUUCCCAAAUUAUAAACAAGAUAGGUUAUGUAGGUUUGUUCUUAAGUUGAAUGUAUAUGUCAGUUGGAACAGGUAUAUUUUUCAGUAUAACUCCAGCCAAUAUAUAUAUUAGCCUUGGAUAGCAUAGGGGGAGGGUUAAAACUCCUCGGGGUUUGCUUUGCUGUCUGUACCCUUGUUCAGAAUAUUUCACCUCAAUUUCUGUCCCUGCGAUGCAGUAGUCUCGCUUAUCCAACAUAAACAGAAAACUGGAUAAGCAACAAUGUUGGAUAAUAAGGAGGAAUUAAGAAAAAGGCUAUUAAAUGUCAAAUUACAUUAUGAUUUUACAAAUUAAGCACCAAAACAUCAUGUUGUAUAACAAAUCGACAGAUAAAACAGUUCAGUACACAGUAACGUUAUGUAGUAAUGACUGGGAGGCAGACUGCAUUGGAUAAUACAGAACGCUGGAUAAGCGAGACUGUUGGAAUUGGAUUUUGAAAAAUGUGGCUUCUUGUGGAAACAAGGAUUGCUGAUAAAGGUUCAGCGGAGAUACCUUUUCCUCAUGAUAACACUUUUAGGAGAGAUUUUUUCCUUCUUAGGGAUAGAUUUCUCUCACUUCCUGUUGUCUCACCCUGUACUAUGUUGGAGGCUGCCUGUAUUAGAAUCCCCCUGCCCCAAAUCUGGUGCUCCCAAAGAAUGUUGGGUGUUGCCCAACAGUUGCCAGAUUUUGCCCCCACCCCGCCCCGCAUACAUAUAGAUGACCCAAAGAGAUCACUCUCCCACCCUGUAAGGUUGCUUGCUUCCCUGUCAUUCCUUACUUCACCUUUUCAAACUAUACCUCUUGUCCUUCCUUGCCCUGUUGGUGUCCUGCUACAUAUUACCUGACUUAUUUUUAAUCUCAAAGCAUCUUCCUGCAAUUCCAGCUUGAUCCAUCCCAGUUUACUGGUGCAUUUCUGCUAAACUACCGCUAGCUGCCAUUCUCUGGCAGCUAGCUGCACAUUUCACAGCUUGCAUGCAGGGCUUCUGAAGCUGGCUUCUUCUGCGAAAAGUUCGCUAUUACAGGGAAAGAGAUCCAAAGGCACUUCCUAUGACCCCGUUCUGUGGAUCUUCCAUUUUCUUGCCUGUGAACAUUUUGAAAACCAAUAAAAGACUCACAGCACAACCAAA